AUGAAUCAGUGGUCAGAUGUAACAUCCUGCCCCGUUUUGUGGCCACUGUCAAACUUUGGUCAAGACACCCCAAGUGGAAUUAAACUCAGGAUCUGAGAAACAGAGUCACAGUGAGAGAAUGGGAAAUAAUCUCAUGAGAGAAAUCAGUUGCUUGAAAGACAAUCAAAAGGAGCUUGGGAAGGUAAGCCCAGACGUGAAAAGAAAACGGCAGGAAGUGACUACAUAUGAGAUAGAAAAUCAAGGUCAAGAUAAGAAGAAAAGUAAAGGUGUUCCAUCCACUUCUAAUCAGGAAAAUGAGAAUGUCAGUGGUUGUGAAGAAGUAUGUUACUCUGUCAUUAAUCACAGUCCCUAUCGGAGACCCUCCCUGAACUCCAACGAUGAUGGUUAUGAGAAUGUCGCAAAGAGAGUGAGACCAUUAAGGGAAGGGCCAGAAACAGAAUAUGCCCUUCUCAGGAAACCUUGCACUAUUAGGUCUUCUUCCUGUACAGCUGAGAAUGAUUACGAAAUUGUGCUUCCUCAAUAGAAUACUCCUGCCUCAUUAUCUUCCAGUAACAAAGAUGACCAAAUGGUGACCUCCAGGGGAGUCUUUCUCUUUCAGCAGUACAGCAACUUUUACUUCUGGCCAGAUUUUGUAAAUGAUAUUCUUUCACUGUACCACAUUAAGAAACUGAAAUAUCUCAUCAACAUGGUUUGGGUAAAGCCACAUAAGUUGAUAUAAUGAUAUAGAGUAUUCGAUCUCUUUUUCUUUGUAAGGUUUGAGGAUGUGGAAAUUGUAGGGGGGGGUCCUCCCUAGAACAAUAAACAUCUACACAUAUGUUACUUAGAAUAUCCAACUCCAAUUCUACUUUCCAAAUUUCAGAGGCCAGCAUUCACAGUCCUAAUUACCUAUUUAAUUUUUGAGGUGUAAUCUACUCAAUAAAUUCUUAACAUAAUAAGACCAGUGACCAGAACCUUUGCUAACUGAGUAUUUACUUCAAUUUUGCCUUUUCUGCAUACUGGAGAUUUUGCAUGUAAAUUUGUGGUAGCAAUUUAAGAAUUAACAGGGUUUGAUAUUGGCCUUUCUAAGAGGAAAAGCUGAGAGUGCAAUUUAAAAAAAGGAAUGAGGAAAAAAAAAAAAAAAAGAAUGAGGUUUAGUAGCCCAGUGUCUUACUUUCUGAUAGUCAAUCAGAUAAAUUUGUUCCAAGUUUACUAAAAACUGAAAGCAUACUUGUACUUACAGUUUUGUUCACAAUAUACUAGUUAAUUUAAAUACUAGUUAUUUUUAACGAAGAAGGAAGAAUAGUGUCUGGUUUUAAAAUUCAGGCAAAUUAGUAAACAACCCAUUUAUUUUUACUUUCAUUCUCAAGGAGAGUCUAAACAACUUGCCAACUUCCCACUGAGGACAUAAAGGAUGACAUAAUUGAAAAAACAUCAAUAAUUAAUUUUUAUAUAGCUACAAUAUACUGACCUUUUAGGUUACUGGCAAGGAUAAAUCACUAGAUAGAUGUCAGCUAACUUUCUGUUUUGUUUUUCAUAUUUUUUCAUUAAAACGACAUGUGCUGUAGGAAGGAAUCUGGUUUCUAGUUAUUAGUUUAAUACUAGACUUAAUCUAAAAUAAUGUCUGUUAUUCUUCUAUGCACAUUAAUUUCUAACAAAAGGUAAACUGAGACACUUCUCUACACUGGAGCUCCUUUACUGCCUCCUCUAUAGAACUACCUGGAAGAGAGUGGGUAGACAGAGAAAAUGGACAAAUUAACAGAAUGCAAUAGCUCAUGUCAAAAUAUAACUUACCUUAUUUAUUAGGAAUGAUCUCAUAUAAUAGAAGAUACAGAUAAUUACCAUUUAUGGAGCAUUUGCUGGGUUCUAGUUGUGUAACUUAUUGGUUUUAUACAAAUUUUGACUCCCUAUUCUUGGUAAAUUCUUGUGUUCCUUUGAAGUGAUUUCAAUGUGUGGAAGGAGAACUUAAUAGAAAUCUUAUAGUUCUGGAAAAGUCACCCUUUCUGAAAUAUGUAGAAAUAUUGUAGAAAUCAGUCAACCUUCAGAAAUGACAAAACUGUUUUUUAUUGUAGAAAUUAGUCAACUUUGGGAAAUGACAAAAUUGUUUUACCUUGUAGAAAUCAGUCAGCUUUAGGAAAUGACAAAAUUAUUUUUUCUCUGUAUGCUUUUGUAGUUAUUUUUCACAUGUAAUAAAUACUAUAUUCAAGAUAA